AUGACCUGGGAUUUCAGCUAUCUUGCAAAGAGCGGACUAUUCAGCCGCCCUCCAAAGUCGAAACCCAGAGAAGCCGAGAAACAUGUCCUCGACGCUGGAUCAGCACCUAUUCCGAUGCACGAAGCCAACCAAGAUGGCCCUUUUCACGAUGAGCAAGGAGCCCCCAUGAUUCUACACCAUUCCUGGGUCCCGAUAAAUAAGAACGAGGGCACGGCAAACCUUGCAGAGUCAUGGGGGAGUAACGUCUCGUCUUCAGAGAAACAGCAACUCCUCAAAACAUACGAGGAAUCAUUCGAUGAUUAUCGGACGGUCAAGAGGGAGUUGGUGCACUCUUUUUCCAAAGAGGCAUGA